GCAGCUUACAGGUUGUAUUUAGUUCACCUCAUAUAUCGUGUUUGCAUAGGAGAGCGAAGCUAAAGGUUAGAGCAGCCAUGGAUCUACCAAGUACCGUACAAGAGGUGCCCACUCCCUGUCUUUUAGUAGACCUGGACCGUGUGAAGAAAAAUUGCACAGCAAUGAGGGAAAGAUGUGAAAAUCUUGGAUUGCAGCUACGUUGUCAUAUGAAAACCCAUAAAACUUUAGAACUGGGUGAGAUAAUGACGAAUGGGUCAAAGCGCUGCAUAACUGUUUCAACAAUAAAGGAAGCCCAGUUUUUUGCCGAUGGUGGAUACGAUGAUAUUCUAUAUGCAUAUCCCCUUACAGCGAAUAAAAUCCCGAUUCUUCAAGGAUUUGUGAAUAAACUUGAGUCAUUUCAUGUUACAGUUGAUUCCGAUUAUAACCUGGAUAUUCUCCGUGAUUCGACCUUGAAUGAUGGGAAAAAAUGGUCUGUGUUUGUUAUGGUUGAUACAGGCUAUGGUAGAGAUGGAGUAAAAUGGGAUGACAAGGCAGCCGUUGAUUUCAUACUUCGCGUUAACGAGUCACCCAAUAUUGUUUUUCAAGGCUUGUAUACCCAUGAAGGAAUUGCAUAUAAUGCAAGAGGAAGAGAUCAAUUACGAACGAUAGGUGGCACUGUUGUAGAUAAUAUCGCAAGUUUAGCACAACGGUUGAAAGAGGCGGGAAUUGAAUGUUGCAAUGUUGGGAUAGGCUCUACCCCUUCUGCUAGUCAUCCUCCAUCGAACACCAACCUCCUGACAGAACUACAUCCUGGCAAUUAUGUCUUCUACGACAGCAUGCAAGCCAUGAUAGGUUCAUGCACAAAGGAUGACAUCGCUUGUCGAGUUGCUACACGAGUCGUUAACCAUCUAUCACAUAGCAACAGCCUGUUGAUUGACUGCGGAUGGGAGGGGCUUAGCCUUGAUGGUAAAGAUGAACUCCCGACGGGAUUCUGCAUGUUCCAGAAUAAUCCAAACCUGAAACUUGUGAAGAUGACGCAAGAAAUCGGAACGGUCCAAGCCGUAGAAGGGACACUAGAUUUCAGUAAAUAUCCACUGGGGUCCAUGCUGUAUAUGUACCCCUAUCACGCAUGUGCUACUGCUUCUAUGCAUCCGGUGUAUUACAUACAUGAGGGAGAUAAUAUUAUUGACACAUAUUCCCCUUGUAGAGGGUGGUAUUAAAUCUAAUGAUGGGAUAUUGGACAGUGUAUCGCUCUUUUGUGGACAAUGUAUUGCUCUACAUAUUUACCUGAUAAAGAUACUAGUAUAUAAAUACAGUAUAUCAAAAAUUGUAACUCAAACAAUUUGCUUGU